AUGACAACUGCUCAAUUUGAUUGUCAAUACUGCACAGCAUCACUUCUUGGGAAGAAGUAUGUACUAAAGAAUGACAAUCCAUAUUGUGUUUCAUGUUACGAUCGUAUCUUUUCUAACUAUUGCGAAGAGUGCAAAGAACCAAUCGAAUCAGAUUCCAAGGAUCUUUGUUACAAAGGCCGACACUGGCAUGAAGCAUGCUUCAAUUGCGCCAAAUGCAAUCACUCUUUGGUGGAAAAGCCUUUUGCUGCCAAGGAUGAACGCCUGCUGUGCUCGGAGUGCUAUUCUAACGAGUGCUCCUCCAAGUGCUUCCACUGCAAGAAGACCAUCAUGCCUGGUUCCCGCAAAAUGGAAUUUAAGGGAAACUACUGGCAUGAAACCUGUUUUGUGUGUGACCAUUGCCGACAGCCAAUAGGAACUAAGCCUUUGAUUUCCAAAGAGAGUGGCAAUUACUGUGUGCCAUGUUUUGAGAAGGAGUUUGCUCACUACUGCAGCUUUUGUAAGAAGGUGAUAACUUCAGGUGGGAUAACGUUUCGUGACCAACCGUGGCAUAAAGAGUGUUUUCUGUGCAGUGGCUGUAGGAAAGAGCUCUGCGAAGAAGAGUUUAUGUCCAGAGAUGAUUAUCCAUUCUGUUUGGACUGCUACAACCAUCUUUAUGCCAAAAAGUGUGCAGCCUGCACCAAACCCAUUACUGGUCUCAGAGGUGCCAAGUUUAUCUGCUUUCAAGACCGCCAGUGGCACAGUGAAUGCUUUAACUGUGGGAAGUGCUUGGUCUCCUUGGUGGGGGAAGGCUUCCUGACCCAGAACAAGGAAAUCUUCUGCCGCAAAUGUGGCUCUGGAUUGGACACUGACAUCUAGAGGGAGGCAGUCUUUCCUCACCUGAAAUCCACCUUGCUUG